AUGGAAUUUUUUGGACUUACAGCCUACGGUGUCAGUGACCCUAUAAAAGAUAUGAUGCGGCCAGAUUAUCAGGAACCCACAGAGCCACCCAAGGACAUACACUCAGAUGAUUCAAAAGGCAACUUUUGUGAGAGAAUUAAGGAAUUAGAUUGUUACAUUGGAUUUACCGAUGGCUAUGCUUAUAGAUCUUGGGAUAGAUUGACACGUAUGAGAAAAAAAUAUGUUUUCAAACCUGUAGGGCCUUACGAGAUGUACUUAUACCCAGGUGUAAAUUCGAUGUGUUAUGGUUGGUGGUACAGCGAUCCUUUGCUGGAGCGUAACAAAAGUUCACCAAACUGGUACUUACCAAGAAAUACUUAUCCCAUGACGGGCUCGGAUAUAAGUAAAUAUUUUUCGUGA